UAGCCGCCAAAACCAAGUACUUAUAAGCCUCUGCUCUGUGAUCUAAGGUAAUCAAAGAAAAAACAGAGAGAGAGAUGGCAGAAACUAAUAAUAUUGGGGUAGUUGUGAAGGUUAAUGGUGGAAAUGAUUGCAACAGUUACAGCAAAAACUCCAGCUUUCAGAGAAGUGCUAUACAUUCAGCCAAAGAGCUGAUUAACAAAGCAAUAGCUGAGAAACUUGACAUGAACAUCCUUGCAUCUUCAAAGACCUUCAGAGUGGCAGAUUUGGGCUGUGCUUCUGGACCCAAUACAUUUAUUGCAGUGCAAAAUAUCAUUGAAGCUGUGGAGCUCAAGUGUCAAAGUCAUGGAGCAGAAAUCUCUCAACUCCCUGAGUUCCAAGUCUUCUUUAAUGAUCAUGCCUUGAAUGAUUUCAAUCAGCUUUUCAAAUCCCUUCCUUCUGAAAGGCGGUAUUUCGCCGCAGGAGUGCCCGGUUCUUUCCAUGGCCGAGCAUUUCCAAGUGAGUCUCUUCAUUUUGUGCACUCCUCAUAUGCUGCUGUCCUAGUUCUCUCAAGAGUCCCAGCAGAGGUGAUGGACAAAGGAUCUGCUGCUUAUAACAAAGGCAGAAUAAACUAUUCCCAUUCUUCUGAUGAAGUUGUCAAGUGUUUUGAAGCUCAACAAGCUAAAGAUAUAAAGAGAUUUCUCAAAAAUAGAGCAGAAGAGGUUGUCCUCGGAGGAUUAAUGGCUUUCAUCUGCCCUGCCCGCCCCAACGGAACCCUUCAUUCUGAAACUUUUGUGAAUAAGACCACUACACUUCUGGGGUCUUGCCUCAUGGACAUGGCAAACCAGGGUAAGAUCAGUCAUGAGAAGCUAGACACCUUCAACCUUCCAGUAUAUUUUACGUCUCCUCAAGAGCUGGAAACAGUGGUGAAACAAAAUGGAUGUUUUAGCAUAGAAAUAAUGGAGAGCCUAGACCAAGAAAGGCCUCAACCCAAAGUGAUGUCCUCCACAAUAAGAGGGGGCAUUGGAGGAUUCUAUAAAGAGCAUUUCGAUCUUCAAGAAGAGACUUUAGACGAGCUCUUUGAUUUGUUUCAAAAGAAACUUGAAGAACAGUCGUCCUCAAUCUACAACUCAGGAAAUUCAAUUAAUCUAUUUGUUUUGCUUAAACGGGUUAUAUAAUAUGUUGAGAAUUAAAAGCAAUGGAAUAAGGUGAUACCAGAAAUAAUGCUUGAUUUGUAAUAUCAGCUUCUGUUGGUUUAAGUAGCGUUUACUAAUCUGUUUUGUAUGCAACACAAGCAGUUAUUUACAUGAUUAUCAAUAUCAAUAAUAGUGUCUUUGAUCUUUCAA